AUAGUUUGACUUCCGUUUCCGAUCUUGUCAUGUGAUUCAGCCAUCUUGAUUUACAUUUUCGAACAAGAACUUUAGAAGUUAUUCUCGAGUUUGUCAAGAUGUCAUUGUCAGAUUUAUAUUUUAACAUUAACAAUGGGUACCUAGAAGGUCUGUGUCGUGGCUUUAAGGCAGGUAUUUUGAAACAAGGAGAUUACUUAAAUUUAGUACAGUGCGAAACACUGGAAGAUUUAAAACUUCAUCUUCAAAGCACGGAUUAUGGUAGCUUUUUAGCUAACGAAGCCAGUCCUUUAGGUGUAUCGGUUAUUGAUGAUAAACUGAAAGAGAAAUUAGUUGAUGAAUUUACGCAUGUUCGAAACCAAGCUGUUGAGCCAUUGUCAACGUUUUUGGAUUAUAUCACAUACAGUUAUAUGAUCGAUAACAUUAUUCUACUCAUUACGGGAACCUUACAUCAACGUUCAAUCUCUGAACUUAUUCCUAAAUGUCAUCCUCUGGGCAGUUUCGAACAAAUGGAGGCUAUUCAUAUAGCUUCCACUCCUGCCGAAUUAUACAAUGCUGUACUAGUCGAUACUCCUCUAGCUCCUUACUUUAUUGACUGCAUUUCUGAGCAAGAUUUAGACGAAAUGAAUAUUGAAAUUAUUCGAAACACACUUUACAAGGCAUAUUUGGAAGACUUUUAUGAUUUCUGUAAGGAGCUAGGUGGUUCAACAGCUGAUGUUAUGUGCGAUGCUCUUGCGUUGGAAGCAGACAGAAGAGCUUUCAUUAUAACAAUCAACUCUUUCGGAACGGAACUAGCUAAGGAAGACAGAGCAAAACUAUAUCCUAAGUGUGGAAAACUUUAUCCAGAUGGUUUAGCAUCCUUAGCAAAAGCCGAUGAUUAUGAUCAAGUCAAAGCAGUUGCUGAUUAUUACGCAGAAUAUAGACAAUUAUUUGAUGGCGCAGGCACAAAUCCAGGAGAUAAAACCUUAGAAGAUAAAUUCUUUGAACAUGAAGUGAACUUAAUGAAGAACGCUUUUAUGCAGCAAUUCAAUUUUGGUGUAUUCUACGCCUAUGUCAAAUUAAAAGAACAAGAGUGCCGGAAUAUUAUUUGGAUUUCGGAGUGUAUUGCACAACGACACAGAGCAAAGAUUGAUUCUUACAUUCCCAUAUUUUAG